AUGGAUCUCGGCGAUGAAGGAACUUCGCCCUGGGGCGAUAUGCCCUCACGGUCGAGCCCGUCCAACAUACCCAAGGUCGAGCACGAGGAGUCUGAAUCCCGUAACGUCUCGACGCCCACCGCAGAUUCCGGAGCAAAGGCAUCCGCCGCACCGCGCUCGCCAGCAGGACGAGGACCUAGAAGGCGACAACAUGGGGUACAGGCACCUCGCCUGGAGGCUGUGGAAGACCCCCUCGGGCCACUGGGAGCUUCAACGCCCCCCUCUGCGCCUGAGGCACCCCCAGCGCCCCCACAGAAGGAGCCUACGCCGUCGAGAAUCCAGCAGUCUACCCCUGCAGCCUCCACUGCCUCUCUUCGCGGCAUGAUGGAUUCGGUGAACCUCGAUGACGAUGAGGAAGAGGCAGAAAUAAGGUCUGGACCCAGAAUACCUCCCCCAGUACAGCCUCCGAGCGGCACCAUGCCUCAGCGACAGACGCAACCCAGCGUGAGCGUAGAACAAGCUGCGAAACCCUCUUUCCAUAUCACCGUCGGCGAUCCCCACAAGGUCGGAGACCUCACAAGCUCGCAUACGGAGUACUCGGUGCACACGAAGACGACAUCCAAGGGCUAUCGCAAUCCGGAGUUCACGGUCUCCCGCCGCUAUCGUGAUUUCCUUUGGCUAUAUAAUCAGCUACAUAACAAUAACCCUGGUGUUAUUAUACCGCCCCCACCUGAGAAGCAAGCCGUCGGCCGGUUCGAUGCCGACUUUGUUGAAUCAAGGCGCGCUGCCCUGGAGCGCAUGUUGAGCAAAAUUACAGCACACCCUAUUUUACAGCACGAUAGUGACCUGAAACUCUUCCUUGAGAGCGAGGCAUUCGGCAUUGAUGUGAAGAACAAGGAGCGCAAGGACCCAGGCCUAGGCGAAAGCAAAGGCAUGUUUGGAGGUAUGCUCUCUGGCGGUGGCGGAAAGUUCAUUGAGCAUGACGAUUGGUUCCACGAUCGAAGAAUUUAUCUGGACGCUCUUGAAGCGCAACUCAAGGCUCUCUUGAAAGCUCUAGACACAGUAGUAACUCAGCGGAAAGGUCUAGCCGAAGCUGCCGGCGAUUUUUCCGCUUCAUUACAUUCGCUUGCUGCAGUCGAAUUAGCACCUUCGCUCUCGGACCCAUUAGAAAGCUUAUCAGACAUACAAAUCCGGAUUCGCGAGCUAUAUGAACGCCAGGCCGCGCAGGAUAUCCUCACGUUUGGUAUUGUCGUGGAUGAAUACAUUCGCCUGAUCGGGUCGGUCAAGACUGCGUUCCAGCAACGGCAGAAAGCGUACCACGCGUGGCAUGCGGCAGAAUCGGAAAUGCAGAAACGCAAAGCGACACAGGACAAGCUGCUGCGGCAGGGGCGGUCGCAACAGGAUCGACUCAAUCAGGUCAGCGCUGAAUUGGCGGAUGCUGAGCGGAAGGUUCAUCAAGCGCGACUGCUGUUCGAGGACAUGGGACGUCUGAUGAGGAGUGAGCUGGAACGUUUUGAAAGGGAGAAGGUAGAAGACUUCAAGUCCGGCGUUGAAACGUAUUUGGAGAGCGCUGUGGAGGCGCAGAAGGAGCUCAUUGAAAUAUGGGAGACAUUUCUAAUGCAGCUCGACACGGAUGAAGGCGAGACCUUCGUACCACCUGCUGGCGUCGUAGCCUCACCAAAGGGAAAGGAGGCAGCUCGCCCCGGGGAAAGCCAAGUGCACGCAGAGUCGGAGAACGCGAACAAUGGAGCGGGGAUACAUGCAUCAAGAGAAUCCGAGGAGUAG